AUGGGGAAGCAUCAGCUGGUGGCCAGGGCACUGGGAUUGCCCCCCUGCUGCCCCAAUGCUGCCCAGAUUUGCCAGGGAGGCUGGCAAAUCAUAAAGCUGGACCUCAACCAUCUGUUUGUUUGUUUUCUAGUAAUUGUGCCUCCCGUGAACCUUGUUCAGAAUUCCUGCAGUGAAACCAAGUGUAGAAGUGGGUACAUCUGCAAGAUUACUCACAACCAGCCACAGUGCAUCCCAGAACAUCAGUCUUGCAAUACUAUGCAGUGCCCUGAGGGGAAAGUAUGUGAAAUGGUUGAUGGCCUGCCAAAGUGUGUUCCUUACCCACCAUCUUGUCAUCAGGUCCAAUGCCAAGAAGGGACAAUAUGUGAUACAUCAGAUGGCUUUCCUAAAUGUGUGCCAACACCAAGGACAUGUGCUGCUGUCCAAUGCAAAGAAGGCACAACGUGUGUAAUAACUAACAAUUGGCCUAAAUGUGUACCAGCACCUAUAUCCUGUCAAACCACUCAAUGCAACCCAGGAACCACAUGCAAGCUCAUUAACAGCUUACCCCAAUGUGUGCCCACCCAGCUUUCUUGCAGUGAAGUCCAAUGCAAAGCUGGUUCUGCAUGCAAGAUAAUUCAUGGCCAUGCCAAAUGUGUCCCGCUUGCAGCAUCAUGUGGAACCAUCUUAUGUGAAAAAGGAACCAUCUGUGAGAUGAUUGGUGGCCAUCCCAACUGUGUUCCAUUGCCAUCGUCCUGUCUGUUUGUGGAAUGCAAAAUUGGGACUGUGUGUAAUAUUGUUGACGGAUGGCCCAAAUGCAUUCCCAACCCAGUCCCAUUAUCCUGUGACCAAAUUCAUUGCAAACAGGGAGCUGUGUGUGAGAUACUUAACGGCAAGCCUGUAUGCGUUCCCAUUCUGCCUUCCUGCCACACAAUCCACUGCAAAGAAGGGACCAUAUGCGAGAUCAUUGAUGAUGUCCCCAAGUGUGUUUCUGCCAUAGCUUCCUGUGACAGAAUCCAGUGUGCAACAGGGACUAUCUGCGAAAUGGAGAAUGAGUGGCCUAAGUGUGUGCCUAGUCCACGUUCCUGCGAAAAAUUUAAAUGCAAACUGGGGACAGUGUGUAACAUUGUAAAUGGCUGGCCAACCUGCAUUCCAGGUUCACGAACAUCUUGCACAUCUAUUUCUUGCAAAGAGGAGACGGUGUGUGAAAUGAUUAAUGGAACACCAAAGUGCAUUCCCCGACCACGUUCCUGUGAACAAUUUAAGUGCCGAGAGGGAACUAUGUGUGAAAUACGAAAUGGAUGGCCUACUUGUGUGCCUUUGCCAUCUUCAUGUCAGGAAGUACAGUGUGCUCAGGGCACUAAUUGCAAAAUUGUUGAUGGUUGGCCCAAAUGUGUUUCCAUCCCUUCCACAUGUGACAAGCUGAAAUGUAAUGUGGGAACUAUCUGCAAAAUAGUGGAUGGGCAACCGAAGUGUGUUUCAGUUCCUCCUUCCUGUGAAAACACCUAUUGCGCACUAGGAACAGUUUGUAAAAUUGUUGAAGGUUGGCCCACGUGUCAUCCUGUCCCAAGCUCUUGUGAAAAUUUUAGCUGCAGCAUUGGAACCAAGUGUGAGAUAUAUGCCGGAAGACCAAAAUGUAUUCCUGUCUCACCUUCCUGUGACAACUUCCAAUGUACGGAAGGGACAGUUUGUAAAAUCAGUAAUGGUUGGCCUAAAUGUGUUCCCAUCCAUACACCGGUUUCAUGUGAAAAAGUCAACUGCAAUGUAGGAACUAAGUGCGAGAUAUACAGUGACCAGGCAACAUGCAUUCCCAUCUCACCCACUUGUGAUAAAUUCCAUUGCAAAGCUGGCACAGUGUGUCAGAUCAGUAAUGGUUGGCCUAAAUGUAUUUCAAUUCCCAUUCCCAUUCCUGCUCCCACAUCUGCUCUUACACCAGCCUCUUGUGAAAGAGUGACUUGCAAUGUUGGAACGGUAUGUGAAAUGUACAAUGGGAAACCAACGUGUAUGAUUGUCUCACCCUCUUGUGAUAAAUUCCAUUGCAGUGCUGGAAAGAUUUGUCAAAUCAGCAAUGGUUGGCCCAGAUGUGUCCCCAUUCCUCUUCCUCUCCCUGUUUCCGCUCCCAAUCCUAUUCCAGCUUCUUGUGAAAAACUCAUUUGCAGUCCAGGAACUAAGUGUGAGAUAUAUAAUGGGCAGCCAAAAUGUCUUCCCAUCUCACCUUCCUGUGACAAAUUCCAUUGUAAUGUUGGAAAAGUUUGUCAAAUCAAAAAUGGUUGGCCCCAAUGUGUUGCUCUUCCUAUUCACCCUCCUGCUCCUGCUCCUGCUCCUGCUCCUGCUCCUGCUCCUGCUCCUGCUCCUGCUCCUGCCCCUGCCCCUGCCCCUGCCCCUGCCCCUGCCCCUGCUCCUGCUCCUGCUCUUACUCCAAUUCACCCCUCUUGUGCAAUGGCCACUUGCAGUGUAGGGACCAAGUGUGAGAUAUAUGAUGGGCAGCCAAAAUGUCUUCCCAUCUCACCUUCCUGUGACAAAUUCCAUUGUAGUGCUGGGACAGUUUGUCAAAUCAAAAAUGGUUGGCCCCAAUGUGUUCCUGUUCCUAUUCACCAUCCUGCUCCGGCUCCGGCUCCAGCUCCUGUCCUUAUUCCUGCUCCCAUCCCGCCCUCUUGUGCAAUGGCCACUUGCACUCCAGGAACCAAGUGUGAGAUAUAUGGUGGGCAGCCAAAAUGUCUUCCCAUCUCACCUUCCUGUAACAAAUUCCAUUGUAAUGUUGGAACAGUUUGUCAAAUCAAAAAUGGUUGGCCCCAAUGUGUUCCUCUUCCUAUUCACCCUCCUGCUCCUCUUCCUGUCCCUGCACCCAUUCCCAUCCCACCCUCUUGUGCAAUGGCCACUUGCACUGUAGGAACUAAGUGUGAGAUAUAUGGUGGGCAGCCAAAAUGUAUUCCCAUCUCACCUUCCUGUGACAAAUUUCAUUGUGAUGUUGGAACAGUUUGUCAAAUCAAAAAUGGUUGGCCCCAAUGUGUUCCUGUUCCUAUUCCAGUUUCUGUUCGCUUUCUAGCUCACAAUCUUGAUCUUACUCCAGCCUCUUGUGAAAGGGCCACUUGUCAUGUAGGGACCAAGUGUGAGAUAUAUGAAGGUAAGCCAGAAUGUCUUCCCAUCUCCCCUUCUUGUGACCAAAUCCAAUGCGAAGUUGGAACAAUCUGUCACAUUUUUAGUGGCUGGCCUCAGUGUGUUCCCAUCCCAUCCUCCUGCGGAAAUGUCACCUGCAACAUAGGGACUUCAUGUCAAAUGGUUUCUGGUUGGUCCAGGUGUGUUCCCACCCCAAACAAUUUGAUUCCCUCCUGUGACAACUUACAUUGCAAAGAAGGGACUAUUUGUGAGAUCGUCGGUAGUGUACCAACCUGUGUUCUCAUUCCAUCUUCAUGUGACAGUAUUCAUUGUCAACAGGGAACAGCAUGCCAGAAUGUACAUGGCAGGCCAACAUGUGUUUCGGAAUCAUCACCUGAAUCUUGUGCUUCUGUACUUUGCAAUGUGGGAACUGUGUGCCAGCUUGUUAGUGGAAGUCCCCAAUGUGUACCCAUCCCACCUUCCUGCGAGCAAUUCCACUGCAACCCUGGAACUGUCUGUAACUUGGAGAACGGCCAGCCCCAGUGUGUUCCUAUAACGGUUUUCUGUGAGACCAUCCAUUGCCAAAAUGGAACUGCAUGUCAGGUUGUGAAUGGCACUCCCAAAUGUGUGCCCACUGCACAAUCAUGCCAUGCAAUUCAAUGUAUGGAGGGAACUAGCUGCAAGAUUGUGGAUGGCUCACCCAAAUGUGUUCCAGGUUUGCCCAUCCAACCAAUGUGCUGGGCCUCUGGCCAGCCCCAUUACCACACCUUCGAUGGACGUAGUUAUGAUUUUCAAGGUACCUGCACGUACACUGUAAUUAAGACCUGCACGGCCAGUUCUGGACUACCAUUCUUCCACAUCUUCACCAAGAGCCAGAAGAGCUCCCCAUUAUCUCUCAUCAGCCAGGUCACCAUCACAGUCUACAAUUACAAUAUCUCCAUGGUCAAGAACGAAUAUGGCCUUGUCAGAGUCAACCAACUACGCUCCCGCUUACCCCUUAGUUUGCAUGAUGGGAAACUCUCCCUGUACCACCGAGGAGAACAGUUGGUCAUUGAAACCCAUUUUGGCCUGAAGGUCUACUACGACUGGAAAUAUUACCUUGCAGUGAAGGUGACUCCAGCUUUUCAGAACCACAUUUGUGGCCUCUGUGGCAAUUACAACGGGAACCCUAAUGAUGACUUUACAACAUCCUUGGGAAGCUUGACCACCAAUGCUGUCGAAUUCGGCAAAAGCUGGAAGGUAGAAGAUGGGGACCAUGCCUGUAGUCAUGGCUGCCACAGCAAAUGCAGACGCUGUACUCCAGAGAUGGUGAGCAGAUACAACGCAGAGACCUUAUGCGGCCAGAUCACUAAGCACACCGGUGGCCCUUUCCGACCCUGCCAUGCUGUGAUUGAUCCCAAGCCCUAUCUGAAUGACUGUGUGAUUGAUUUAUGUACCUUUGAUGGGUACAAGCAGAUCUUGUGCCGAGCAUUAAAGACUUACGCUGAUGCCUGCCAAAGAGAAGGGGUAAAAAUUGCUGACUGGAGGAAACAUACUGGCUGCACCAUAAUUUGCCCUGACCAUAGUGAAUACAUGUCCUGUGGCUCAGCUUGUCCUGCCACCUGUAGCGACCUUGAUGCACCAAAGAAUUGCAAAUUGCCAUGUGUGGAGACCUGCCAAUGCAAGCCAGGCUUUGUAUUGGAUAGUGGCAAAUGCAUUUCCAAAGACCGAUGUGGUUGUGUCUAUCAUGGUCAGCUCUAUGCACCCAAUGAGCGUUUCUGGGGUGACAACCAAUGCCAUUAUCAGUGCAUGUGCAGAGCACAAGACAAGAAGGUAUUCUGCCAUGAGUCCCGUUGCAAAGAGACAGAGGCAUGCCAUGUGGUCAAUGGCAUGAGAAAAUGUCAUCCCACUUUCUAUGGGACCUGCACUGCUCUAGGUCAAUUACAUCAUAUUACUUUUGAUGGCUUGCGCUAUGACUUCUACGGGACCUGUUUUUACCGUCUAUCUGAACUCUGUCAACACAGCAAAGCCAACUUGACUCACUUCCAAGUGUUGGUUCAGAAUGAGAGACAAGGACUCAAGAAUCCUUUGGCCUCCAAAGUCAUUGAGAUCAAAGUCUAUGGGGUAGCGGUUACAGUCAGCAAGAACCAAGUCCUGUUGAAUGGCCUCUUGAUCAACCUGCCUUAUAACAUCGAAUACGACAAAGUCUCCCUGUAUCGCCAGGGCUGGGAUGUCGUAAUCACAACUGAUUUUGGCCUAUAUGUCACAUUUGAUGGGAAGAAUAAUAUCCGAAUCACAGUACCAGGAACCUAUAGGAGUCACCUGUGUGGCUUAUGUGGCAAUUUCAAUGCAAAGGCAGAUGAUGAUAUGUUGCAGCCAAAUGGAGUGUUGGCGACUAAUCCUGCAGAUUUUGGAAGAAGUUGGAAGUUUCGAGACAUCCCGGGCUGCACUGAGAAGGAGAAGAAUGCCUGCCCGGAUUUUCAGAACAUGGAGCACACACAGAGAACAAGCAAGGAAUGUGGCAUCCUGUUAGAGAAACAAGGGCCCUUCCGAAGGUGCUAUAGCAAGGUGCCACCCGAACUGUACUUCAGAGACUGCGUCUUUGACUAUUGUUCCAAUAAGGGCAACAUAAGUGUAAUCUGUCACAUUAUUUCCUCCUAUGCUGCAGCAUGCCAAGCAGCUGGUGCUAUGGUUGAUGAAUGGAGAUCUGCCCAUCUCUGCAAACCUAACUGUUCAGCAAACAGCCACUAUAAAGUUUGUGCCAGCAGUUGCCCUGUGACAUGUCGCAGCCUCUUUAACCCGGUUCUCUGUACUACUAAGUGCCAUGAGGGAUGUGAGUGUGAUGAAGGUUUCGUCUUGAGUGGCAACCAGUGUGUUCCCAUCUCCCAGUGUGGCUGUGUUCACCAAGGCUUCUACUACAAGGCGGGUGAGACUUUCUACCUCAAUGGAUUCUGCAAGGAACAAUGUGUUUGCCAAGUAGGUGGCAUCAUGAAAUGCCACCGUUCUUCCUGCAGUCCUAAUGAAGAGUGCCGUCUAGUGAAUGGUGUCCACAAGUGUCAAGGACUUGGCUCUAAAGGCAGUGGAACAUGCCAUGUGGCUGGCGACCCACACUACAUCACCUUUGAUGGAACCACGUUUGAUCUCCAGAGCAACUGCUCAUACAUUCUGGCUAAAAGCUGCACUUUCAAGAGUUCUUAUCCAGCCUUCUCUGUCAACGUGGAGAAUGAGAGGCGAUCCAAUGGCAAGGUCUCAGUGACAAAAGUUGUGUCAGUCAUUGCCCAUCAAAACACAAUCUCAGUCUUUCGGGAAAAGAGAGGCAUUAUCCUGGUGAAUGGAGCAAUCACCUUCUUACCUUUUCGACUGGAGGGUGAUGGCAUGUGGGCGUUCUACCAUGGUGACAACAUUGUAGUUCAGACGGACUUUGGCUUAUUUGUCUCCUUUGACCAACUCUACCAUCUAAUCGUCAAAGUGCCUAACACAUAUUAUGGCCAGAUGUGUGGCUUGUGUGGUAAUUAUAAUGGCAGGCCCCGGGAUGAUUUAUUCCUGCCCAGUGGCCAGCCAUCCACAAGCAUUUCACACUUUGCAACGUCUUGGAAAGUGGGUGGGGUCCAGGCAGUCUGCAAAGAGGAUUGUGCGUCUUCAAUCUGUGGGCCUUGCCACGUGAGCCAAAAAUCCAGCUAUGUCCACACCAGCCAAUGCAGCAUAUUGCAGGCAGAAAACGGACCUUUCUCUGCCUGUUAUUCUACUAUCAAUCCUGCAGUCUUCUACAACCACUGUGUGCAUGAUCUCUGCAAGGCACGAGGGAACACUGUUAUCCUCUGUCGAGCUAUCCAUGGCUAUGUCACUGCUUGCCAAGCUGCUGGCAUUCAGAUCCAGCCCUGGAGAACCGCAAAAUUCUGCCCUAUGAAAUGCCCGGCCAACAGUCACUAUGAACUCUGUACCAGGGCUUGCCCCAGCAGAUGCAAAGAAGUGACCAGCAUCACCAAGUGUCCCAACCUAUGUGCUGAAGGCUGUCAGUGCAAUAAGGGUUACUUUUUAGCAGGGUAUCAUUGUGCUCCCCUCAGCCAGUGCCGGUGCUUCCACAAAGGCAUGUGGUUUAAGGCUGGUGUAAAGGUAAUCACACCCAACUGUAUGGAGGAAUGCAUCUGUCCGACCCAAGGCCGGGUAUCGUGCAAACCACUCCCUUGUGCAGCUGGGGAAUCCUGUGCCUUGAAUAAUUCCAAAUGGAGUUGUGUUCGGAAGGAAGGCCACUGCACCAUUGCACAAGGAAAUAUCUUCACUUCCUAUGAUCGUGUCACUGGAAAGAUUCCUGUCGAAGGGUCCUAUGAAAUCUCCAUGCUCAAUGAUGCCAAGUCUCCAUCUUGGUUCCGGGUGGUGGUACAGUUGCACAAGUGCCCCCAGUGCCCUACACCCUCGGUUGUCUCUAUCACAGUCUACUUCCACAAGUUUGUUGUGCAAGUAAAACAGGAUAAUACAGUAUUGGUCAAUGGGAAACCAGUGCAGCUUCCAGCCCAACCUUCAAAAGAGUUGUCACUUACAAUGGUCCAGGAUGUGGUGAAGGUGUCUUAUGGAUCAGAUGUCCAGGUUCUCUACAGUUCCAAAGGAGAACUAACGAUUGUCAUUAGUGGAACAUUAGCCAACAAAGUGUCCAGAUCUUGUGGGAACUUCAAUGGUCAUGGCUCAGAUGACCUGCGGCUACCGGAUGGUAGGGUAGCACACACCAUCACAGAGGUCAUUAGCCAAUGGAAAGUCACUACAGCAACAGAAAAUGAUCAAUCUAAAAUCCAUACCUAUUGA